GGAAACCAGAGAUGCUAAUAAGUUUGAGACAAACGAAAAACACAUCUACACCGUGUAAAAAAAAAAACGAGUUAAAAGCUUAAUGUAGACGCUCAUUAGCAAAGUAGCUCCUGCUUGUUUGACAUCUGCUGAAGGACUGAACAGUUGAAACUCAAUAUACAAUCCAGACACAUGGAGGAGAGUGAAUCAACACCGAAUGAAACAGAAGAGCUGAAAGCUUCGGUUAAUGCAGUGGAGUUUAUUUACAGCAUUACACCGAAGGAUCUGGACCAGUGUUUGUUCGCAGAUUCACUUGUGACUGUGUCAGAUUCGGGCCGGGAGCUGGGAGACUUCACUGUGAGUGUCACCAAGGCAAGCUACAAUGAUGAGCUAUGUUAUCUGCUCCAUGCCAACAGUCAUGGAACGAUUGAUGACAUUCCUUGUGGUACAUCCAUUAUAGCUUACAUAUCGAUAAAUCUUGAGAUACUGGAAGAGAAUCAUCAUGAAUAUGUAAAGUUAGAAAAGCAGACUGUGGACAGGAAAGUACAUAUUGUUAAACAGGAUGAUCAGCUAGUGGUAAACCGAAUCAUCUCAGAGAAAGAGGGAGUGAAGACACAAACCCACACAUUUCCACUGAGCUCUCUAAAGGGUUUUGUGUCUGAAGCAUCCAACUUAAUGAUCCUGCGUAUACUGGCCCGGCAGAAGACUGUUCCAGAAAACAUGACAUUCCUGUCAUUUGAUGCAGAUACUGUGCUUUCUAAGUCAGUUUAUAGAGCACUUGGGUGCAAGAAGCAGAUGAUUGGGGAAGAGUUAGUUGAUAUCUUUGGGAUUGAAAGGACUGUCUCUCCUGCAAAGGACUCCUCAGGAACUUGGCAUUGCUAUUUCUUGCCAGAUGGGCAUCUAGCAAGCAGAGUGCAGUUGGGCUCACCUGCAAUUAUGAAGCUCCUGCAUUUGCCUUUCUUGCUUGAUGGAGUGGAGAAAGACCAGAUUCCUGUGUUUGAGAAGAAGCCACUCAUUUGGGAGGAAGACAUGGCACUUUACUCAAAGUUUCUUGACAGAAAGGAGGAACUCAAAGCAGACUACUCCUCCUACGUAAGACAACACCCUGAGCUAAAGGCUUUAUUGGCAGACUUCCUGCAGUUCCUGCUGUUGAGGAAACCUCAAGAUGUCUUCUCCUUUGCUCGUGACUUCUUUGCUCUUGCAUCUCAAAGUCCUCCAGGAAAGUCCUGUAAAGACUCACAAAACUUUCCACAAGAAUAACAAACACUAACCAAGUGUCUGAUGUGAAAUUGAAAAUAAAAGUACUCUUCUAAUAGUGCCUUGGUAUAAUGACGUUAUGCUCUGUUUUCGUAUGUACUGUAAGAGUAUUUGGUUCGUCUGGAUGACAAGCUGUUUAUUUGAGAGACAGUAAAACAUUCUAGUGUGUCAAAAUAACU